UCUGUAGCCAGCGAACGGACGACCUGCUGGGUAAACAAGAGUGGAUGCUUCGAGCGGCAGGAAUGGCAACUUCGUCGAGGGCUAAUAGUGAGACAUUUCUAUCUUGUCAAACAGAAACACAGUAGAGAGGUCGUGCUACCUUUUAAGAUUCGACAGGCGUCCGUUGCGAGUCAAAAUGGCUGAGUAUAAUCGGGUAUUUGCUGAGUGAAGUGGAACUAGCCUUUACGUUAGCUUAGCUCGUAGCCGUCCAGGGCCCAUUGCCUUCGAUUUUGCUGCUCGGCUCAGCUCGGGACUGUGUUGUCAGUUUCACAAUCCCAGCCACUAACGUCCUCGGAUCGCGAUUUCUAUGUAGGCCUGUCUAGUUGCAGUCAGGGUUAACAUUCAGAUAAAUGCUCGUUUUCAGCGCUUGUCAUUAUUCCCCACAGGAUUUAACCUCCCAUGUUACUAAAAGGACGGUGACACAAUUUGGAAAAAGGACUUAGACCCAGAUUUUGUGAGAUGCAGCGGAUAGACGCCUAGGAACUGAUGUGAGUGCAUUUGCUGUUUGCCCUUUGAGGACGGACCUGCCACCAUGAAGAGUGAGGUGCCAUCUGAGGCCCCCAGCAGACAGGAGCAUCUGAAGGAGCCACUGGUGAACCCAGAGCCCAUGGAGGCAGCCAAGAGCUUCCCUAACAACAUGGAGGUGAUUGGAAAGAGCGAAUUUGAAACCCUGUGUGAGUCCAGGCAUCGGACCCUGAGGGACACAGGGACACACAGAGACUCAGAACGGACCCUUCCUGGGCGCAGAAAAAGAAAAGGCCAACAGGCAGGGCCAUCAGACUGCUCGCUGAAGGAGGGCCACAUUAGUGAGAGUUCACUGGCCACUCAGCGUGCCCGGGUAGAACUUUUACAGCACCCCAGUGAGGAUGAACAUAAUCACGAGUCCUCUUUUAGUGACUGUGCUUCCUCCCCUUCCUCUAGCCUGCGAUUUGGGGACUCGGACACUCUUAGCUCAGAGGAGGAGGGGGAAGGUGGAGCAACAGGGGGCCAACACAAGGCUCCUGCCCUGACAACAGGAGGAGCCGCCGGAGUCGGCCUGCGCCCUGUUCUGGGUCGAACUCGGGGGAAUCGCUCUCAUAAGUGGGUGCGGUCUGAGGCUGAGCCAGUGCUGCUGAAGCGGCCGUGUCUGAGCAGCCGGCGGCCUCUUCAUAGGAAACGCUUUGUGAAAACAGCUCCUGGAGGGGGUCAGCGGACUCAGAAGCAAAAGGAGCGACUACUACUGCAGAGGAAGAAACGUGAAGUAAUUGCACGUAGGAAGUAUGCUCUACUUCAUAGCACCAGUAGUUCCAGCGAGGAGCUGAGUAGUGACUCUUCCUCCCCCUCUUCUACCGAAGCCGAAGAUGAGCUGUAUGUAGAUGUUAGCAGCACCAGCAGCCAGCCCAACAGUGCGACUGUAGCCACAGGUGCCCUCGAUGAGGAUGUGGUGGUGAUUGAGGCAACUCCAGCUCCAGCUCCUGCUGUCCCUGCAAGUGAGGAGAUCAACGUCACUUCAACUGACAGUGAAGUGGAGAUCGUCACAGUUGGGGAUGGUUUCAGGUCACGCUCAGUGGGGGGUAUUGGCAGGAUUUGGGGUAAUAGUUGCGCCCAGAAUCGUCUCCAGGAGUCACGUGGACGUCACAGACUCUCCACCGUCAUCCAACCACUGCGUCAGAAUGCUGGGGAGGUGGUGGACCUCACUGUUGAUGAAGAUGAUCUCUCAGUUGUGCCAACAACCUCUGGCAGCAUUCACCCUCAAACAGUCAGGUCGUCGUCUUCAUCAUCUUCCCAUCAUGCCUCUACCUCAGAGCUCAAUGAUGCCCCAGGCCCUUCCACUAGCUGCCCAGGCUCAAUACCUGAAAGUAUGCACACACAGAGGCCAAGUGGCUCUACGCGCACAGCCACAGAGGAUGACAGCAGACCAGGCUUGUCAGGUACAGCAGGAGAAAACGCAGGCGCAGCCAUGCCCAGACUCCCAUCCUGCUGUCAGCAGCACUCCCCGUGUGGAGGGCCCUCCCCUGGUCACCUGUCCCUGAGCCACUCUCAUUCAAGCUGCUUGCAGGCGUCGUCCUCUCAGCAGACCAGUGGCUCCCAGCACAGCCACGGUCAUAGCCACAGCAAUGCUCACCACUUCGUCCACCAUGUCCAUCACCCAGCACCACAGCCACCGGGCACCCUGCCCUUUCAAGAGCCGAGCUGCCCUGUGGAGCGACCCAGUGCUCUGCCCGCAUCCUGUGCUGGAGUCAGCAGCAGCAGCAACAGUAGUAGUAGCAACAAUACAGCCCACUACCAUGACCAGCAAACUCUGCCAGUGGACCUGAGCAACAGCAGUGUUCGGAGCGGUGGAAACAACGGGGCUAGUUUCCAUGGCAGCACCUCGGCCUUUGACCCGUGCUGCCCAGGCUCCACCUCACGGCCGCCUGCUUACGUUUCCCAGGCCACCCCUGGGCCCAGCCAGCCAGCUGUGGUGGAUUCAUUCAGCUCCUCCAUGGUGGCUCAGCCCCAGCCACAAACACAACCCCAGCCCUGCAGACAUUACAUGCACCCCUCCUAUGGCUCUCUAGCACGCUCACUGCAUCAUCAGCCCUCCUCCGCCUGCCCUCAUUCCCAUGGGAACCCCCAGCUUACACCUCAGCCCCCUCCACAAGGCGAUUAUGUCAUUCCCCACACUGUCACCUUUCAUCCGCCACUGCCAUCCCACCCUUCAGGCCACGCCGUGCCCCCUGCCCCUCCCCCACCUCUGUCUACCCACCACCUUUCUAGUUCAAGUGCCCCGCUGGCCCAGCACCUGCCUACAGACCACCAGGCCCUGCCACACCAUAUGCCGGCGCUGGGGGCCUCGGUGCAGAGGAUCCAUCAACAUGAGAUGCUGCAGAGGAUGGAGGUUCAGAGGCGCAGGAUGAUGCAGCACCCGACACGAGCACAUGAGCGUCCACCUCCACACCCUCACAGAAUGCACCCCAACUACGGCCAUGGUCACCACAUCCAUGUGCCACAAACUAUGUCUUCCCACCCUCGCCAGCCUGAGCAGAGAACAGCAUGGGAGCUUGGCAUUGAGGCUGGAGUGACUGUGGCACCGUACCCUUCAGGGCACCUGCACUCCCACCUGCCCCACUACCACCCUCCCCCCAGACUGCACCACUUCCCCAUCCCCUUCAUGCACACUGGCAUAUCUGAAGUGACCUACCCACACAUUCGGUACAUCUCAUCUAGAAUGACUGGCUUUGGAAGAACCUAUGAGGACCUGCUGCAUUUAGAGGAAAGAUUGGGGACUGUGAACCGAGGAGCCUCUCAGGGAACCAUAGAGAGGUGCACUUACCCACACAAGUACAAAAAGAGAAAGCUGCAUGGUAAGCAAGAUGAAGACGAGGGGGCAGAUGAAGACACAGAAGAAAAAUGCACCAUCUGUCUGUCAAUACUGGAGGAGGGGGAGGACGUCAGACGCCUACCAUGUAUGCACCUCUUCCAUCAGCUGUGUGUAGAUCAGUGGCUCCUCACCAAUAAGAAGUGCCCCAUCUGCAGAGUGGACAUUGAGGCGCAGCUGUCUGCUGAGAGUUGAUGCUGUUUUUCUAACAACCCCUUUUUGUUCAAAGUUUAUUUUGAGAUCAUAUUAAUUUUCUCUUCAGUACUGCAGUCAACCAAAGAUGGCAACCUGCGCAGCUCUACUACGAGAAAAUACGAGGAAAAAAAAAAAAAAAAAAAACACCUGACAAAAAAGCAUUGAGCCUAGAGUGCCAGCUAUCACAUAUUACUACAACAGCUAGAAUUCUCCAUUAAGGGUUUAAGAUUUUAUUGUAUUUAUAAAGCUUUUAUGUAGCUUUUGA